UCGUCUUUCAUUCGUGUGUGUCAAAAAAAAACACGUAAAAAAGCAUCACCAAACGCUAUCGGAAUAAACAUUUUUGUGGUAAAAAAGCCAAUUUAAAAAACUUGUGAAUCGAGUUGUUUUAAUACAAUAGAAUUCCCAGCUAAAUAGACAAAAGGCCACAAAGAGUCUCAUCUAAACAUUUAAUAGUAGACUGCUAGAAAAGCAGAAUUUGCCGAGGACGCAGCCGAGUGAUUGUGACAGCGACACAUCUGUUUGUUCGUGCGCUUUGUCUUUGUUUACAACGCUCUGGGAAUUGUGAAAUUGCAUUUUGUACACGAUUUUAUACCGACCUAGUCUUCCAGUGAGUCGAUUUAAUCAGACCAGUAUUUAUUAAAUACUAUCAAUUUGGUAUGUCCGGUGGAGCUUUAAUUACGUUGAAAGAAGAUGCAACUGACGCUGGAGGAAGUGCCAACGGCGGAGGUGGCAAUUCCAACAUGGCAAGCAGUCAACAAAACUCCGGAUCCGGAAAUGCCAACACCGCAGCCAAUGCAAACGGCAGCAAUGGCGGUCCUCCUGAAGGAACGCGUCAAAAUAGCCUACAGCGUAUCCAACUGCGUAAACAAAAAGUCUUCAAUUUGCCUGUUCCGCAGAAAUUGGCGAAACUUUCCAUGUACUCUGCAUGUCAGAGCGAAGGCUGCCGUUGCACUGGAUGGAAGACUCCACAAGAAAAUCGCCACCGCGAUGUAGAGUCCUCAUCGUAUUGUCCUGAAUUUACGGAGGAAUGCCGUAGCUGUAGACACGCAUUACAAAAUCAUAUCGCGCAUCUCGAUGGCAUAUCCGGUUCCCAAAUGAACGAUCUCCUGGGUGCCAUUAUAGAUAUGGAAAAUCUGUUCAUGUCGAUGCAACGUGUGGAAGAUGAGGAUACGAAAAAAGUUUAUUUAUAUUUAUUUCGACUACUCCGUCAAUGUGUUCUUACUCGUCAGCAGGCUGUUAUUCGCGGACCACUGGGUGAUCCUCCAUUCGAGUCACCAUGCAUUGCUAAAGCCGUUUCCUCAUUUGUCUUUUACAAAUACAAUCAUUUAAGUCAGACUGAGUUGCAAACCAUGACCGAGGUGGCAAAGACAUUUCUUAAUUUUUUAAACCAUUACAACUUUGAACCGCCCUCUAUGCGUCGCACUGGACUUACACAUGAAGACGCUUCAACGUAUAAAAUCAACUAUACACGCUGGCUUGUUUUUUGCCACGUACCUGCGUUCUGCAAUUCCUUGCGCCACUUUGAGACGUCGCUCGUAUUUGGCCGUACUCUACUUCGAACAAUCUUUAAAUAUAUGGCCGAACAGCUGAGAAAUAAAUGUUCCUCGGAACGUGAUCGUUUCCCAGCUGAUAAACGAUCGAUCAUAACGCAAAUGCCCAAAUUCUUAGAUGCCCUCAAAGCCGAACUAUUGAAAGAUGAUUCACCGAUUUGGGAUCAAGGAUUUAGGCCAUCCACUGCAUUUAUUAUACAACAACGUAAACGUCAACAAGAAGCCAGUACGGGAGCUGGCGCAAGUAAACGAACUGGAGCAGGAGAACCUGCGCAUAAAAGAGUGAAAAAGGAAAGCACUGACCGUGCAAGUGGCGAUUCUCACUUUGAAGAUCUGUCCGAUGAAACCGUCGUGCGUGCUUUAAAAGCUAUAUCGGAAUCAAAAGCGAUUAAUAAAUCCGAAAUUCUAUUUCCGGUUAAUGUUUCUCGUGACGAGAACGUAAAAGCAGAAGAACAACAACGUGCAAUCGAGUUCCAUGUAGUCGGCAAUUCUUUGACAAAGCAAGUCGAUAAGCAAACAAUCUUUUGGCUUAUUGGUUUGCAGGCAGUAUUUGCAUAUCAACUGCCUGAAAUGCCGCGCGAAUACAUAAGUCAAUUGGUUUUCGACACUAAGCAUAAAACCUUGGCACUCAUAAAGGAGAAUCAACCGAUUGGUGGCAUUUGUUUCCGUCCGUUUUCUAGUCAGGGCUUUACAGAAAUUGUUUUUUGCGCCGUCACUAUGUCCGAACAAGUCAAAGGCUAUGGCACACAUUUGAUGAAUCAUCUAAAGGAUUACAGCAUUAAACAUGGCAUACGUCAUUUGCUGACUUAUGCUGACUGUGAUGCUAUUGGCUAUUUUAAGAAACAAGGUUUCUCCAAGGAUAUCAAAUUAGCGCGCCCUGUAUAUGCUGGUUUUAUCAAGGAGUAUGACGGUGCCACGCUUAUGCAUUGCGAACUGCAUCCGAGUAUCGUGAACAUAAAAUUCGUUUUAGUUAUUCGCAAACAAAGCGAAAUUUUAAAGGAACUUAUUGCACAACGGCACAAUGAGGUACAGAAAGUGCGCCCCGGUUUGACCUGUUUCAAGGAAGGACUACGUUCCAUACCCGUUGAAUCGAUACCAGGAUUGCGGGAAAUCGGUUGGAAGCCACAAAUGCGCGCACAACGUACCGCCCGUCCACUUGAAGAGUCUUCCGAUCCAGAAAAAUUAGCCGCAUCCUUUACUGCCGUUCUUCAAUCGGUGCGUCAGCAUCAAGCAGCUUGGCCAUUCCUGCGCCCUGUGACCACCGCUGAAGUGCCCGACUAUUAUGAUCACAUAAAAUAUCCAAUGGACUUGAAGACCAUGGGAGAACGCCUCAAGCAGGGUUAUUAUGUGACGCGUCGCCUAUUCAUGGCCGACAUGGCGAGAAUUUUUUCAAAUUGCCGUUUCUACAACUCACCUGAAACUGAAUAUUAUCGCUGCGCUAAUUCAUUGGAACGUUACUUUCAGACAAAGAUGCGGGAGUUGGGUUUGUGGGACAAAUGAUGUUGCGCCCUUAAUGCCGCCGUCGAUAUGCUUAGCGAACACGAACGCGAUGCGGAUGAACAUAGUGUUAGCGAUCCGGCAGCAACAACUAUAGAAAACUUAAAUUUACAGCAAACAGAAGGUAAUAGUAGUGGCGGUGGUGAUGGCGGCACUAACACAGUGUUGGCAGUUAACUUGGGUGUAAUUUCCGCAUUGCCAGAAGAUAUAUUUAAAACUUAAAAAUUAGUAAGCUCUUGAAAAAAAAAA